AAGUACGUGGGAGUCUGGGAACGAGACAGAGAUAAAUAGGGAGAGAGAAAGAGAAAGACAGACAGAGAGUUGAAGGAAGGAGGUUGGGAGGAGAGAGUGAAUAUAACUACCCACCUAAGCAGCUGUCAGACUUGUGGUCAAAAAGCAGACACUUUCAGAAGCAAGGAGUAAAAACAGUAAAAGUGUAUAUACACAAGGAUAAAAGUAAGGUAUAGAGUUUGAUUCAGACACUGAGUUUAGAGUGACAGAACAAUCUAGAGAAAGAGGAUAAAACGCAGCCUCAGGACCAGACGUGUGAAUGGAUACUUUCUGCAGUCUAAGUGGACUUGACCCACUGUGGGACUGGAAUCAGACAUGGUAUACACACAACCCUGAACUGAGCGAUUGCUUCCAGAACACGGUCCUGGUUUGGGCUCCAUGCAUCUACUUGUGGGUCCUUUCACCGUUCUAUUUCCUUCAUCUGUACUGCCACGGCCGCCGUCCACUGCCUCUCUCUUCGCUCUGCAGUGCCAAGCUGUUGCUGGGCUUCUUCUUGGCCUCCUUUGGUUUUGUGGAAUUCUUUUACAUCCUGUUGGAACGAAGAGAGGAAAUCCAAAAUCAUCUUGUCUUCUUGCUCAGUCCCAUCAUACGAAGUCUCACUGUGGUGUUAGCCGUGUGCGUGAUUCAUUGGGAGAGAGUGCGGGGAUGUCGGUCCUCAGCCUUCCUGUUCCUCUACUGGUUGCUGGGCGUGGUCUGUUCUCUGAUUCCGCUUCAUUCAAAGAUCCAGCUGGCUGUGGAUCAGGGUCUCUCUCCGGAUAUAGUGCGGUACUUGGCGUUUUUCUCCUACUUUGCCCUGCUGCUGGCACAGCUGUUCCUUAGCUGUUUUGCAGACCAGGCACCCUCAGGCAAAGCUGUCCUCAAGAACUCAUGCCCUGUUCAAGAUGCCUCAUUCUUGUCAAAGAUCCUCUUCUGGUGGUUCAGCGGGUUAGUUUUUAAGGGAUAUCGAUCUCCCUUGCAAGCAGAGGAUCUGUGGAGUCUGAGGGAAGAGGAUACAUCUGAGAAGAUCAUAUCUGACCUGGAGGAGGAAUGGACAGCAGAGCGAACCAAAUUACAGCAACAAGAAAAACAUCUAAGCACCAGCGUUGCCUUGGUAUCCCGACUACCAGACCAGGCCCAACUUCUCAGGAAGAUUCAGAAAGAGCAGAGUUCUGGAUUUUGUCUUUUACGAACAUUGGCACGUAGCUUUGGACCUUAUUUCUUAACCGGGACACUGUGCCUCAUGGUCCAUGAUGCCUUCAUGUUUGCUGUUCCUCAGGUUUUAAGUCUAUUGUUGGGCUUCAUGAAAGACCCGGACGCUCCGCUGUGGAAGGGCUAUUUCUACGCAUCACUUAUGUUCCUAUUGUCCUGCUUACAGUCUGUCUUCAACCAUCAAUACACAUACACCUGCUUUACUGUGGGCAUGAGGGUUAAAACAGCUGUCAUGGGGCUGGUAUACAGAAAGUCUCUUGUCAUGAACAGUUCAGCACGCAGAACGUGCACAGUAGGAGAGAUAGUGAAUCUGGUCUCUGCUGAUACCCAGAAGUUGAUGGAUUUUGUGGUGUAUUUCAAUGCAGUGUGGUUGGCACCUAUUGAGGUCACUCUCUGCCUCUUCUUUCUUUGGCAGCAUUUAGGACCAUCUGCUCUAGCAGGCAUCGCCAUAGUGAUCUUCAUUUUCCCUUUGAAUGGAUUCAUUGCAAGGAAGAGAAGCAAACUCCAGGAGAUACAAAUGAAGUACAUAGAUGGACGGGUGAAGUUAAUGAACGAGAUUCUGAACGGUAUUAAGAUCCUCAAAUUCUAUGCCUGGGAAAAGGCUUUUCUGGAACAAGUCCUGGGAUACAGAGAGAAGGAGCUGAAAACUCUAAAGAAAUCUCAGAUCUUAUACUCAGUGUCCCUUGCAUCUUUCAACUCUUCAUCAUUCCUGAUUGCUUUCGCCAUGUUUGGAGUCUACGUGCUCAUUGAUGAUAAAAAUGUUCUGGAUGCUCAGAAAAUCUUUGUGUCAAUGGCUCUUAUCAACAUACUGAAAACUCCCUUAAGCCAGCUUCCUUUUGCCAUGAGCACAACCAUGCAGGCUAUCGUAUCACUUAAGCGUCUGGGAAAGUUUCUCUGUCAAGCUGAACUCAAACUAGACAAUGUGACAAGAGAAACUUUGAAAUCUGAUGGGGAUGGUGUUGUUUUUGGGAAUGGAACCUUCAGCUGGUCUAAAGAUGGUCCUCCAUGUUUAAAAAGAAUCAGUGUAAGGGUGCCAUGCGGCUCACUGGUUGCUGUUGUCGGCCACGUCGGCAGUGGGAAAUCCUCGCUCCUGUCUGCCAUGCUUGGAGAUACUGAAAAAAGAAGCGGGACAGUUUCCGUUAGGGGCUCCAUUGCCUAUGUUCCCCAGCAAGCUUGGAUUCAGAAUGCAAGCCUGCAGGACAACAUUUUGUUUGGACGUGAAAAGAAAGAAAGCUGGUACCAGCGAGUCCUCGAGGCAUGUGCUCUUUUGCCCGAUCUAGACAAUCUGCCUGCAGGAGACGCCACUGAGAUCGGAGAGAAGGGUUUGAAUUUAUCAGGAGGACAGAAACAGAGGGUGAGUCUGGCUCGUGCUGUUUACAGAAAAGCUGAUGUCUAUCUGCUCGAUGACCCCUUAUCUGCUGUAGAUGCACAUGUUGGUCAGCACAUCUUUAACAAAGUAAUUGGGCCAAGAGGCAUACUAAGAGACAAGACACGGGUUUUGGUGACCCAUGGAAUGAGCUUUCUGCCUCAGGCGGAUUUGAUCCUGGUUCUGGAAGAUGGGGAGAUCACUGAACGGGGUUCCUACCAGGAGCUUCUGAAUAGGAAUGGAGCUUUUGCUGAUUUCAUUCACACGUUUGCGAGCUCUGACAGAAAAGAGUGCCUUUCAGAAGCCAUUCAGAGAGGCUCCAGAAAGUCCUUAAGGCUGAGUGUUACUGACUUCAUGCCAUUCUCUAGGGAUCUGUCCCAGGAGCAGCUCAUUGGUGGUGACACAAACAGCAUUACCAUGCAGAGCGUUGAGCCACUACCUGAUUCUGAUGAGGACCAAAUCCCAGAAGACCUUGGGAAGCUAACCAAGGUUGAUAAAGCACGCAUAGGCAGAGUCAAACUUGAGAUGUAUGUGGAAUACUUCCGCACCAUUGGUUUGCCUUUAAUAGUUUCCAUUGUAUUCCUGUAUGCCUUUCAACAAGCGGCAUCCCUGUCCAAUAAUUACUGGUUAAGUUUGUGGGCUGAUCAGCCUGUCAUCAAUGGUACCCAAUUAAACACAGAUAUGAAACUGGGAGUCUACGGAGCUCUCGGCUUUACCCAAGGAAUCGCCAUAUUUGGCACCACUAUUGCCAUCUCCUUAGGGUGCAUCAUUGCCUCUCGUCACCUUCACCUAGACCUUCUGAACAACGUACUUCACUCCCCCAUGUCAUUCUUUGAGUCUACGCCUAGCGGCAACCUCCUCAAUCGCUUUGCAAAGGAAACAGAUGCCAUAGACAAUAUGAUCCCAGAUGGGCUGAAAAUGAUGCUUAGUUACUUCUUUAAACUAAUGGAAGUCUGUAUCAUCGUGUUGAUGGCCACUCCUUUCGCUGCUGUCAUCAUCCUCCCUAUGGCAUUCAUCUAUGGUUUCAUACAGAGUUUCUACGUGGCCACGUCCUGCCAGCUGCGGCGGUUAGAGUCAGUGAGUCGCUCUCCCAUCUACACACACUUGAACGAGACGGUGCAGGGUGUCAGCGUCAUCAGGGCAUUUAAUGAGCAGUCACGCUUCAUCAUGGAUGCCAAUCACAAGGUGGACCACAACCAAACUGCUUACUUUCCCCGUUUCGUAGCCACAAGGUGGCUGGGUGUGAAUUUGGAGUUUCUGGGCAACGGAAUCGUUCUUGCUGCUUCUAUUCUAUCGGUGAUGGCGAAAGGGAAGCUAAGCCCUGGGAUGGUUGGCCUGGCAGUGUCACAUUCACUUCAGGUGACUGGUUUCCUAAGCUGGAUUGUGAGGUCAUGGACAGAUGUAGAAAAUAACAUAGUGUCCGUUGAAAGAGUGAAAGAGUAUGCAGACACACCGAAAGAGGCAGCUUGGACCAUAGAAGGAAGUUCUUUGCCUUCAUCUUGGCCUCAAACUGGGACUAUCGAGUUUCGUGAUUAUGGCCUUCAGUACCGCAAAGGCCUUGAGUUGGCCCUGAAGGGCAUCUCUGUGCGCAUUCAAGAGCGCGAAAAGAUUGGUAUUGUGGGAAGAACUGGAGCCGGAAAGUCAUCUCUGGCUCUUGGAAUUUUCCGGAUAUUGGAGGCAGCAAAAGGGGAGAUUUACAUCGAUGGAAUCAACAUAUCAGAACUUGGACUUCACGACCUAAGAUCCCGCAUUACCAUCAUUCCACAGGACCCAGUGCUGUUCUCUGGAUCUCUCCGUAUGAACCUCGACCCCUUUGAUGCCUAUUCUGACGAGGAAGUAUGGAAUGCGCUGGAAUUGGCUCACCUUAAAAACUUUGUGUCUGGACUUCCAGAUAAACUCAACUAUGAGUGCUCAGAAGGAGGAGAAAAUCUCAGUCUUGGUCAGAGGCAGCUGGUAUGCCUCGCACGAGCUCUCCUCCGAAAGACAAAAAUUCUGGUGCUAGAUGAAGCAACGGCUGCAUUGGACCUGGAAACAGACACCCUGAUCCAGUCUACCAUCCGCAGCCAGUUUGAGGACUGUGCGGUACUUACCAUAGCACAUCGACUCAACACCAUUAUGGAUUACACAAAAGUAAUUGUUAUGGAUAAAGGACAUAUCGUGGAGAUGGAUUCCCCUACUAACCUGAUUGAGAAGAGAGGACAGUUUUACUACAUGUGUCGAGAAGCCGGGAUCCUGUAAACUCGUCUACUGAUGCGACGUCACACACCGGCUGACUUCUUGCGCCCUCUCGUGGUCAAAGCAAAGAAGCGCAGUGCACAUAGAGGAGCCCAGAUUUGGUGCCUAACAUGGGAAAAGAACGAAAACUUGACGUAGUUUUCCCCACAUAAAUAAAAAUGCUUUUGCGUGAUCUGUUUUUAAGCUAAGAUGUAAACUCAGGUUUACUGCCUUCACCACGGGCAUAGAAACUCAGCCUCUUCUGUCAGAAGUUAAAGACUGGUGCUUUGCACUUUCUUUAUCAUUUAGAAAGUGCACUGACAGAAUCCUGUAAAUAUAUUGCAUUUAACAAAGCGCACUUACAUGUGUUUACUGCCCAUGUUUUAGCACCAUUGGUGAAACAUGAAUGUGAAAGCUAACAUGUUUUAAGUCAAUUUUAUUAAGUCUGGCUUUAGGAGACAAUUUACAAGCUCCAGUAGUUCCAUACAUAGGACAUGUGUAAAAGGAGAAAUGUUUACCAACAUACUUGACCUGAAAUUCCCUCAAAAUUCCAGACACUAAUUAAAGUUUUUACAAGAGGAUCUAGAGAGAAACAGUAUGACCGCCUAAAUAGGAUGUGGUGUUUGUUCCUUUCAGCCAAAGUAAACACAUAAAAUAAGCAACAAUGGCUGGAUGAAGCAAUGUAAUGGUACAUACUAUGAACGAUUGUUAUAAUUUCAUUACUAUUGUAUUGAUCUGAUAGCAGCAGCUUUAAUACAUUAAGAAAAAACUGUUUACAGUUUUGAAGGCAUGAUUUUUAUUAAGCACUUUUAAGUCCCAAGGUGUUUUUGUUACUGUAGAGAUUUUUUGGAGAAAUAUAUUUUACAAGUUGGCAUAAAAACAUUGCAAUUUGUCUUACAAGACAUUCAAGUGCCUUUGUGACACGACCAAACUUAUUUAUGUGUUUUAUAUUUAAUCUCAUGUUUUGUAUGUUUAUAUAUGUGAAAUAACUGAAUAAAGAAAACCUUGAAAAAAUGCAUGGUGCUUAUAAGCUUCUCUACAACAUGCUAC